CUGACCUGAAUAUCUGUGGCUGAGGAGGACUCCGCCGACCUCUUUUAAUAUCAUGGAUUUUAGGACCACCAUACGUCGCUUUUGUGCUCCUCUUCAACGGACAGGCCUUCGUCUUGAAGGCGGUUACACGGCAAGUGUGAUGUCUCUCCUAUCUGCUGAAUGGUGACGAGCGGAAGGACUGGUUUAGCAGCCUUACAGUAUCGAUAAGUUAUCAAUUAAAAUCUGGAGUGGGUAGCCUCUGUGUGCAGUUUCGGGGUUUUUAUUGUCUCCGUUCGCCCCGCCUGCUUCUCUGGGUGCUGGCUGGAACUGGAUUUCACUCUUGACUUCGUCGUGUACAUCAACAUUACUGAGACACAACAGUAUUUACUUCUCGAGCGAGGAAGUGAGGCUUGUCAAGCUAGCAUAACUUGACCAAGAUAAGACCGGAGGUUGGGCGAUUUUGCCUUAAUAAUAAAGGCACCAAAUGCAUUACUUUUGACUUUGAAUAAAGACCUUUGGGGUUGGACAGAACAGUAAAACGAAAAGAACAAAACGACGGCGGACUAUUUUAUUAUUAACGGAGUAUAACGUCUCUACUGCUACCUUCUUACGCUGCGUUAUCUAUUCAUCUCCAGGUUGUUUUAUUUUGAAAGCUGCGAACGGAAAUAGUUUUCGCUUCGGCUAUUGUUGAGACUGGUGGGAAGGGGGAUGUGGCCAGGAUGUAUUUAUGCUGCUGUUCAAGAAAUGAAAAUCAUUGAAUCGGUGCUGCUUCGGGAGCCCUGCUUCACCACCGGGCACAGCGGGGGUAACGACAGUGCUGCCCUCCGUCACAGUGGUUGUUGUCGGUGGUCGAAAACAGCGAACACGACCGAGGCUUCUGUGCUGGUUUCGUCUGGACUGGACCGUUUCCAUGAAGGCUUCUCAACCUCACGCCCAAAUAAUUUGUUGAUUUUGUGUGCGGGGUUGUAUUCUGUGCUUAUGUAAUAACAGUAUGUAAAUCGAUACAGUCACGUCGAUUUUUUUUAAAUUAUUCAUUUAAUUAUUUUGUUUUGGACAGAAAGCAUUGUUCUUUUUCCUCUUUUUAUUUUUUUAAAUUUUAUUUCUACAAAUGUCAACAACUCACCAUCAAGUGAUGAUGGAGUCCUCUCUAGCUCUCGGUAGACUGGAACUGACCCCCGGCUCAGCCGCUGUCGGGGUCAACCUGACCCCGUGUCUCUCCGGCGGCGGCCCUGCUAAAGAGAAGAGCGUUCACUGGCCUUUGGGGCCACCGGGCCAGGCUCAUCUUAACGGCUGCGUCCCGCUGUCACAUCAGGUGGCCGGGCACAAGUAUGGAGUGGACAAAGUGGGUAUUUUGCAGCAUCCAGAUGGAACAGUCCUGAAGCAGCUUCAGCCUCCACCAAGAGGUCCACGAGAGAUGGAGUUCUACAGCAAGGUGUAUGCAGAGGACUGCUGUGAUCCGUGUCUCCUGGAGCUCCAGAACCACCUUCCCAAGUACUAUGGCACCUGGUCCUCUCCGGACAGCCCCAAUGACCUGUACCUGAAGCUGGAGGACGUGACUCGUCGCUUCGUCAAGCCGUGCAUCAUGGACGUGAAGCUGGGCCAGCGGAGCUACGAUCCCUUCGCCUCGCAGGAGAAACGGGAGCAGCAGAUCAGAAAAUACCCGCUGAUGGAGGAGAUUGGCUUCCUGGUCCUUGGCAUGAGGGUAUAUAAGGUGUGCAGUGACACGUUUGACUCCUAUGACCAGCACUAUGGAAGGGGACUGGUUAAGGAUACUAUUAAAGAUGGCCUGGCUAAAUUCUUCCACAACGGCGUUUGUCUGAGAAAGGAUGCAGUGUCAGCCAGUAUCCACAGGGUGCAGCAAAUCCUCCGCUGGUUCGAGUCUCAGCACCAGCUGGCCUUCUACGCCAGCUCCCUUCUCUUUGUCUAUGAGGGUCUCCCCUCAUCUUCCUCCUCAUCCUCCCUGUCUUCCCUCCUCAGCACCCCGUCGGUCAGCCCGACUGUGGCAAAAACUGCCACGCUGUCAUCAACGGGCGACAGCUGUCAGAGGGGAGAGGGGAAAGCGAGACAGGAAGGGGAAGGGCAGGAAGAGGAGCUGGCCGAGUACAACAAUAACAACAUUCAGGUGGCGGUGCCCUGGGACUACAGCCUGUCCACCAUUUACACCAACCACAGGAAACAUGGCCACCACCACUGCGCCAAGGGUCAUCUUCACGGCAAAGGCGGCGCCAGCGAGGCCGUGCAGACGACGGCGUGCUCGGUUUCUGGAGAUAACACCUCAGUACUGUGUCAGGAAGACAACUCCGCGUGGAAACGAAGGGGCGAGUCACAGGAGCCGCCAAACGGAAACGGAAACAAAUCACAACUGGAAAGGAAGGUUGAGGAAGGAGAGAGGGAGAACCACGGCAGGACGAGGAGGGAGGAAGAGGAGCUGAAAGGAGACGACGCCACAGAGGGGAGCGGAAGAGAGACGGAGGUGGAGGUCAGGAUGAUCGACUUUGCCCACGUUUUCUCCAGCGAGAGCCACGAUCACGGCUACAUCUACGGCCUCAAACACCUGCUGACGGUGCUGGAGCAGAUCCUCUGCGACGACGCCUAGAGCUCCCACCUCCUCCCCCACCUCCUCCGAACCUCUCAACCUCUCAGCCUGCUCCGAGCUGACCUCCAUCUCCUCCCUCGCCCACCCUCCUUCUUUCUUCUCAAAGGACAGACGCCUUCAGAGCAGAGAGGGAAGAAUCAAAGAAGUGAAUAUUAAAACUGAACCAUCAUUGUCGUCGUCAUCAUCAUCUUCAUCUCACCUGAUCGCGAUGGUUCCAUCGGUCAUGUGUGCGUCUGUGUUUGUGCAUGUGUGUGUCUGUCUGUGUGCGAGCAGAGUGGAGGCGGUAGAGGCUGACAGCUGGUUUCCCAGUGCUCAGCGGCACUACAUGCACUAAUAAAUCCAUGAAGGCAUUACAACCCCGUACUUAAACACAACAUCCUCAGCUGCACGAUUCACUGAUGCUCCUCGUUGCCUGACGUUCAGUCCAUUUAAAAUACUUUAUAUCAGUACAUCUGAAACUGGAGGUAGGAAAUUUGAAAGUGAGAUGAAAGGAAUUUGAUUUGUCUGUAUCAUUUUAUACCAGAAUAACUGUCCCUUUAAUAAUUCUGGGUGUUUCAGAUCAGUAGCUGAAAUAGUUUCAUCCAUAUCCAUGCAACGCUUCGAUUAAAGCAACACUACCUAACUGUUUGCUAAGCAGCGGCCUCUGCAGCCACUACUUUACAGGAUGCUGGUGCAUUCAAUCCUGUUGGGCUCAGAGUCUGAGCGGAAAGCAUCAUUACCAGCAAUCGCACUGUCCACUCACGUGAAGUCAGUGUAUUUUGGUUAAGAUAAAGCAGUACACCUUAUUUUUUUUGUUUUAGAAAAGUACCUAAACUACAGCAGCUGUUACACAUAGCACAGCUGAAGCUUUGUUCUGCUGCUGCUGCUGCUGCGCUCAGACCUUUUCUCUCAUCCCGGCAAUUCGCCGGGAGUCUGCGAGCAUCACGUAAAUCCAGAAGCCUGGAGAGUGUUGGGGUUUAAGUCGGGUUGUCAUUUUUUUUGUGUUUUUGUUCGAACCACUGUCUACAGGUUAUCUAACUCAGGAAAAUUUACUGAAAGGAAAAAAAAAAGUUUAAUAUUACUACUAUUGUCCUACAAGGUGAUCCUCAUGCUGUCUGGUCGUUCAGCUCCAAAUGAUUGUUUUAUAUAGUCUUAUCUCAUGAUUGACCUUAUCUCAUCGAUGUUGACCUUUGACCUCUUAACCUCACGGUGAUCUUACACACACACACGCACACAGACGUUGUGUUGUCUUUUACCACGGCUACUUUAAUUGUUGUUGUACAUGUUCGGCUGCCAAACUCCCUCUUCUUUCCGAGAAGUCUGCGCUCUUUUGCCGUUUGCUGUGAACUUCAGUGCCAUCGCGUCGAGCGUUCACAUAUUAACCUGGAGUUACUGUAAUAUCACCAUUUGAUUUUAGAACUGGGGAAACAAUUGGAAAAAUCCCACCAUUUCCCUCCCAAAGUCUGGAUCAGGAUGUGGGUUUUUUUUUUUUUUUUUUUUUUUUGGGUGGGGGAGCAGGGGGUUGACAGAAGCAACAUGUUAAUGUGCUGUGAUUGGUUAACAUCAUAUUAGCUAAUAUGAUUUAACUUCUCUAAGGAUUUUUUAAGAUUGUCGUAAAAAGAUAUUUGAGACAUGCUGCUUUAAUGAGAGUCGGACUAACUCACAGCUAAAGAGAAGGACAGCGAUUGAAUGGUUUAUGGGUUGAUGACGUUUUAUUUUUGGAGCCAACCGUUUAACUGGUUAACUUUUUUUUUUAAUUGAUUGAUUGAUGUGGGGUUUUUGGGUUUUUUGUUUUUUUUUUACUCUGAUACAGGCUGAUUCUCUGUGUAACGCUGAUUCUAAUAUUCUCAGACCAGGUGUGUUAAAGGUUUAGUGAAACUGUGUAAAGACCAGCACUCCCCAAUCAAACUCCCAUAGCUGUAAGCCUCGUCCAUAUCCUGGAAGAAUUCAGCCACAGGCCACGUGGUCACGCCGUCUCGUGCGUGUACACAGGAUGUGGCUGAACAAAACCUAGUAAGUAGACCUUUUAAAUUUUUUCCACUUUUUUGUUGAACUUUCAAGCUUAAAUUCUGUUAGGGUGUGCAAAUAUUUAUUGACAUUAUGAUCUUGAGUUUGCAAAAGGAUGGGAAGCUUGUCACUCUGACAAUAAGGCCCCAGAUUCCCUGGUUUGCAGGAAUUAUUUUAUUAAUUUUUUACUCCCGCGUAGGAGAAUUUAAAAAAGUCCAGAUAUGCUCAGUAAUAUGCACCUGUAAAGCACAACAGAUGAACAUCUGGAAAGAUGUCUGACCCUACUGUCUAGUGUAAGGACAGGAAACGUCUCUGAGCUCUCUGUCUUCACACUCUAGGACAAAACAAUUGGACAGCUCAGCUGGAGAGAGUCAGCUCUGCAUCUGUGCCACUGUGUGGGUGGAGCUGCUCUAAGCUGUAAGGCUAAACCCCCACUGCCCCCAACGCUAAAAUAAUAUGCACAGGCCUCUUCAGCACGUCAUAUAUGAAUAUCACCAACAAUAUGGAAUUCUCAUCACUUGUAUUAUGAUUUUAAUCGAAACCAAAAGUAACUAUUAGAGUAUCAUAUUAUCAUAUUAUCUCGUUUUUUUCUUCCCUUUUUUAAACUAAAUCAUUAGUUUGAAAUAAUCAAUGUGAAAGUUCAGGAGUCUUUUACUUUUUUUUUUUUUUAAUCACUGCCUUAUUUUCUGUUCAUGUCUCUGUGUUGUCUCUGUGUUUUGUUUUGUUUUUCAGUAUGGAUUAUUGAUGAUUCCGGCAGCUUUGUGAAUCUCCACUCUGUGUUUCUAGCCUGUUGUGUUAUGGCUAACUCACUAACAAAAAGCAUAUCAUGCAUUUGCAUAUGGGGCAUUUGUUGAUCCGAACUGGGUUUAAAUCGACUCACAGCGAAGCUUCAGUCAGUCAGUCAGCCAGCCAGCCAGUGAGGGACAGCUGAGGGACGACAGGUCCAUCCCAGUGGUCACUGAUUAUUCCCUCUCUUACUGAAUCAGUGAAUUACAAUCACUGAAGACAGAAUACAGAAAGAUAACAGAGAUAAAGGCAGACAUGAUGCUCAGUGUGGAGCCAGGAGGUGGACACUGGACUAAUUACAGGCUUUUAUAGUCUUAUAUUUAUGUAAUAAUAAAAUAUAAUUAUAUCAAUUAGUAAAACGAUCAAUUUUAAAAGAACUAUUCCAAACAGAUUAAUAACAUUUUCAUUUAAAUGGUUUAAUAUAAAAAUUAAAGUGAAAAAAAAUCAUUUGCUAAUUAAUGGUCCUGAUACUUUAUUCUGUCAUUAAAUUAUGUCAUAAUGGUUGGAGGUAAAGAUGAAACCGGAACAUGAAUUUUAAUGGACAGGGUUCCACUCUAACAUUUCAUUUACAGUUUUUAUUCAUUCAUUCAUUCAUUCAUUAGCCUGGGAUUGGGGUUGUUGUUGUGUUGGCAGAAAUCUGACCAGUCAGAGCUCCUGCUGCUGACUGUAAAUGUCAGCGCAUUCAUUCAGUCAUUUAAGGACAGAAUAAGGACAGAGAAUCAUUAAUGAUACUCUGAGUUUUCUAAUACACUUAUUAUGCAAAUCAAUAUAAAAUAAAGGAUAAAAGAAUAAUUUAUGAAUUGACUGUAAUUAAACACUCCAGGCUCACUGGGAUGGAUCACAGUGUAAUGGACAGACACUAUGUUGCAUGAUGGGAAGUUAGGGGGGAGGAGUCACCUCUGCACUGCCUCAGAAUGUCGCAGGAUAAUCUCUGGAUGCACCUUUUUUUUUUUUUUUUUUAAAUUUAAGCCUGUACUGGAAAUAAACACUGACACCAGGACUAAAGUGUGGCACCUGGAGUCAAGUUGUAGGACAUUUCACCGACUCGUGGACACACAGCGUGACUCUGUGCUGCGUCAGUCCAGCUGUGGUCGGUGGAGAUGAAAGCUCAGUCAGCUCGAAAGCGUUUGUUUACACUCCAGUGUCAGUCAGAGGUCGGAACACCAGUCUUUACAAUAUAUUCUUUAACUCCGGGGACUUGAGGUUGUUGGCUUUGUCGUGCAAUGCACCGCAGAUCCAGUUCAUAACUCCUGUAACGUCGACAAAGUAACCAGUCGCUCUUGCAUUAAAGAACCACAGAGCUGGUUUGACAGGUGUUAGACCAUUAACCACACAUGAUGUGUGACUGUGCAUCACUGCUCUGUAAAACUUCUCCUCAUCAGUUACAUGAAAUCAAUUCUUCUUUCCUCCUCCCUGCUGUAAACUGGACACUGAAACAUUUAAAUUCAACUUAAAAUUGUUGAUAUUUACCAUUUUAUGAUGAUUAAAACUCAACAAUGAAGAGAUGCAAAAGAAAAUCAGAAAAGUAAACGUGAGUGAAUUCUCACCUCACACUGAAACCAGCAACCUGCUGCUGUUGCCUGGAAGAUUUGACUCCAAUCUCAAACCUCAUUGGAUGCUUUGAAAUAUAAACAUCAGUGAUGUAAAUCUAAUUAAUGGGGUAAAAUAUGCAAAAACCAGCUGUAUGGUUCUUUAAUGGGAUCCAGGAAGAAAAAGGGAAAAAGUAACAGGGCUUUAAAGAGACAAUAGUGUCUUCUCAGCCAAUCAGAAUCAAUCAUUUGCUUUCCCUUGCGUUCUGAUUGGCUGAGAUACCCUGAGGCCUUUUCCUUCCAGGCGAUGACUUCAGAUCCACUUAAGUGUCUUCAUGUGACGCCUGAUGUCAAACCUUAAGGUGCAGAUGCACAGUUAGUGUGGAAUGCCGUGUCACGUGGUGUGAAUGCCAGGCGCUGCUGUUGUUGCUUUGUCAUCCUGAAAACACAACCUGCAGGUUCAGCUUCUCUGCAGUUGUCGGGACUCCUCCUCCCAAAAGGAGGUGUCCAACCCGGACCCGAUCUGCCCUGUGGAGCCAUGUGACGGAAACCUUUGGAGAGAAUUUUGAUAUAUAUAUACUGGAUUAAACAUGUCUUAUAAAAUGAGCCUGAAACAGAAGAGAAAAGAUCAUGAGUGAACAUAAGGAGAGGAACUCCUGACCAUUCAAAGUCCCUCUGCAGCUACAGACCUGAUGAUCAUUAUUUUUUCAACAAUAAAAAUAUGAAUCAAACUGG